CAACAUUACUAGAUUUUCCACUGAAUCUCGCUUCUGAUUGGUAAACCCUUAGCGAGGCUAAUUCUUUCUGGGCUAUAAUCACAGACUUCUAUAUACUAACUAGACCGCUGACUUCUGGCGAUGGGGUGAUAGUGGUGUGAAGACGCCAUAUUGAGAGUGCGUGUGAAUUUGUAAUAUCUGUGAUGUGUCACGUGUUUCAUUAUAGACUACUCUAGUCAUAUGGAUAAAGUGAAGAAAUACAGAAGAUCAAAGAGGUUAGAAGAAAAAGUAAUGAAAAGAAAAAGUGAUGGGAAAACAGUGCUGUGUGAGAAAUUGUAAUAUGAAAUGGAAAUCGAAAAGUGGUGUACAUUUGUUUGGGUUUCCCUUAAAAGAUGAAAAUCGUCCUCAUAAAUGGAUAGCUGUAGUUAAAAAAUCAAAUUGGAAGCCAACAAAUUGGAAGAACAGCAAAAUAUGUAGUUUGCAUUUUAGCAAAAAUGAUGUUACAGCAGGUAUGGGAUAUACUCGUGUAAUUUUACGUCCAGAUGCGGUACCAAGAGGCCAGUCUUCAAAUAAUGAAGAAAAUGAGCAGUGUAACACAUUGUUAAAUCUAAAAGAAGUUUUCAGUAUUGAAAAUAGUAAAACCAGUAUCUUGACUGACAGUAUUGAUCAUAAUUAUAUUGAUAACGAAGCUGCUAUAAAGAGCACAAAUUUAAUGUAAUUAUCACAUACACCUAUCGAAAAAAGAGUUAUACACCUGAAUACAAAACAGAUAGCUGUUGAAA